AUGACAAGGCAUUUGGCGGUCGAGUGGGGCCCCAGUGGUGUGAGGGUGAAUACAGUGGCUCCAGGCCCCAUCUCUGGCACAGAGGGUUACCGUAGACUGGGUGGUUCACAUUCCGAGUCAGCGGGGGUUUUCCGCAGCAUCCCACUGCAAAGAGCCGGCAAUAAGACGGAGAUCGCACAUGCAGUUCUUUUCCUGGCCAGUCGCGCGGCUUCAUACGUCACCGGCGCUAUACUGGUCGCAGACGGAGGGGCGUGGCUUACCUCAGCCAAUGACGUGGAACGGCUGCUGGGUUUUUGGUCUGCAGAGAAAAGAAAGGAUAAAUAGCAUGAAUCUAGAGAUUGAAAUCAACAGCAAUGGACCAGUUGUCGUGCCAACAUCUGUAUGAUAAUUGUUGAAUAUUACAAAAACGUCCAUAUUAUUUUUCACCCCAAAAUUAAAGAAACAAAAUAAGAAAUUAUAUUCUGUGUUAAGAAAAUUACGCCUAAUUAUAGGACUUUUAGAAUGAAACAUUC